CAUAAUCCGUACAUUUCUAGAAUCCUUUCCCAGCAUACAUUGCGUGUCCAAUAUGGAGGAACUGACAGUAGAGGUCCGUGGCUCCAACGGAGCAUAUUACAAGGGGUUUGUCAAAGAUGUCCAUGAUGACUCUCUCACCAUUGUCUUCGAAAAUAACUGGCAGCCGGAGCGGCAGGUUCCCUUCUGCGACGUGCGUCUCCCGCCCCCGUCCGACGGCAAGAGGGACAUCGGCGAGGGGGAAGAGGUGGAGAUUUUCUCCAGAGCCAACGAGCAGGAGCCGUGCGGGUGGUGGCUGGCCAAAGUGAGGAUGAUGAAGGGAGAUUUCUACGUGAUCGAAUACGCCGCGUGCGACGCCACAUACAACGAGAUCGUCACCUUCGAGCGCCUGCGGCCCGUCAACCGCCACGCGGCCGUCACCAAGAGCACCUUCUCCAAGUGCGCGGUGGCCGUGCCCGACGACCUGAAGGCCGCGUGUGAACAAGAAGGAGCGCACAAAGAUUUCAAAAAGGCGGUGGGAGCCUGUCGGAUCGUCUACUGCCCGGACACGAGCAAACUGGUGGUUCUGUCCAAGAGCGAGGCCACGGUGAAGAGGGUGGCCAUCCUGAGCGACAUGCACCUGCGCAGCCUGCGGACCAAGCUGAUGCUGGUGUCCCGGAACGAGGAGGCCACCAAGCACCUGGAGAACACGAAGCAGCUGGCCUCGGCCUUCCAGGAGGAGUUCUCGGUGCGGGAGGACCUGAUGGGCCUGGCCAUCGGCAGCCACGGCAGCAACAUCCAGCAGGCCCGCAAGGUGCCGGGGGUCACCGCCAUCGAGCUGGACGAGGACCGGGGAACCUUCCGGAUCUACGGGGAGUCUGCAGAAGCGGUCCAGAAGGCCAGGAGUUACCUGGAGUUCCUCGAGGACUCUGUGCCCAUCCCCAGGAACUUGGUUGGCAAGGUGAUCGGCAAAAACGGGAAGGUCAUCCAGGAGAUCGUGGAUAAAUCCGGGGUGGUUCGCGUCCGGAUCGAGGGCGAUAAUGACAACAAGCUUCCUCGACAAGAAACACAGGGAACGGUCCCGUUCACGUUUGUCGGCACGAAGGAGAGCAUCGGGAACGUGCAGGUCCUGCUGGAGUACCACAUCUCCUACCUGAAUGAGGUGGAGCAGCUGCGCUUGGAGAGGCUGCAGAUCGAUGAGCAGCUGAGGCAGAUCGGCAUGGGCGUGCGGCCCUCCCCCGGCCGGCCCGUGGAUAAGGAGAAGGGCUUCGGGCCGGACGAGCCCCCCCAGGCCUCCUCUCUGCGCGGGCGGUCCUACACCGGGAGGGGCCGCGGCCGCCGAGGGCCCAACUACACCUCCGGCUACGGCACGAACUCGGAGCAGUCCAACGCCUCGGAGACGGACUCGGAGCGCAAGGACGAGCUCAGCGAUUGGUCGCUGGCGGGGGAGGAGCCGGAGCGGAGGCCAAUGAGGGACAGCAGGAGGAGGCCGGGGGGGCCGGGGGGGCCGGGGGGGGCCCGGGGGGGGCGCGGGGGCCCCAGCACCCGGGGCAGGGGGGCCGGGAGGGGGGGCUCCACCUCCUCCAUCAGCUCAGUGCUGCGGGACCCGGACAGUAACCCGUACAGCGUGCUGGAUCACACGGAGACGGAUCAGACGGCGGACACGGACGGCAGCGAGUCGCAGCCCCUCCCAGCACGCCGCCGCCGGUCCCGCCGCCGCAGGACGGACGAGGACGCCUCGCUCAUCGACGGCCUCAGCGAGUCCGACAACGGCUCGCUCAGCGAGAACGGCAUCGAUGAUCCGGACGCUAAGCAGGAGCGGCGUAACCGUAGCCGCCGGCGCCGGCUCCGCCCCCCUGAGGAGAGGCAGCCAGUUACAGUGGCGGAUUACAUAUCGCGCGCAGAGUCCCAGAGCCGGCAGAGGAACGCCAAGGAGCUGAAGAAGAACAAGAAGGAGCUGGGGCAGGUGGAGUUCAUCGAGGAACGUGGCCCUUCGGCUGCGACCACCACCCCCAACGGCUCUGUCAGCCAAUCGGAGGGGCCGGAGAAAGCGCCCGCCGUUGCCACGGAGAGAGCCGGUUACCACGGAGGCGAAGACCAACCGGCGGUCCUUAACGGGGUUUCCUAAAAUGGCUCUCAGUAUAACAACCAUAACUUCUACAUUUAAAAUAGUGCUUGUACAAGCUUGCCAAAGAUAGACCUGUGGACUUCCAGAAUCUUUACCGCACUUUUUUUAGUUCCGUCGUAUUGGAACCAACAGGGGAUCGAUCCGGAUUUCAUACAAACUGAACAGAAAGUAUAAACAAAAACGUUACACCUAGUAUGUGUGUUCUGAGUACAUGAACAGAUGUUGUGCCUUCAGAGAGUAGAUUCUACAUUAAAGUUGGUUGGCUGUAGAAAAAAAAAAAAAGAAAAAAAACAUAACUUUUGUCAGAUACGGUGAUGAUGGGAGAAUGCCCAGACAUCCUAAUAUUUGUUAUGAAGAACGUUAGCGGCUUUUGUUACGUUUUAAUAUGCAACCACUUCUUCAUACGAGGAAAAACAAAAUAUAGAAAAUGCAGUCUGAACGGGGUUGGGGGGGAAAUUUUGCACUGAAUUGUUACUUUCCCAUUAGAGUUAGUCUGGAAACUGGUCUGUUCUCUUUGUUGUCAUUUUUUUUAAAACACUGUCAGGAAAAGAAAAAAAAAAAGAAACAAACAAACAAAACCUGCAGAGUCCUGGAGGACUGGACUUCGCUGGUCUAUCGUCUGCGGGGGCACUGGAUCGAUAAUGGCGGAAACUUGCGCAAAAAAUGGGCUUUGUUUGGUUUAUUUAUUUUAAAAAUGUACAGUAUUUAAAAAAUUAAGCUGUUCUUUUAAACACUAAACUGGCAGAAAGUGUUUUAAUGCAGGUUGUAAUUUGGACUACUGAAAGAUCAAUUUCCAGAUUUUGUUUGUUCUGUAAACUACAUAUGUUAGUCUGUAUGGGUUUUUUUUUUUUUUUUUUUAAUGAUCAUUUUGGUUGUUUGAUGUGCAAUAUGUUUUGUAUGCCGGUAGUUCUUAAAUAAAACUUGAUCUUCCA